CUUUUGGCGUCAGUUUCAGUUGGGCUGCCGUCGAGACAGAAAGCUAUCGCUCUUCGCUGAGUUUCGGUUCUUUUCGUUUGAGUUUCCUCAGUUUGUUCUUGAGUAUAGCCAAUAACCGCCUUCACAUGAUGCUUGUAAUAAAUGAACCAUUCGCGACUGGAUCUGUGGAUAGGCAAGAAUAGCUAUUAGAAUCAUCCACUCUAUCGCCGUUGGGAAACGGUCAUUUGUCGCCGGUUGACUGCUUCUGUGACAGAAUCUGUAAUUAAAUCAAUCGAAACCGUGGCUAACCGUCGGGAAGUUCGUAUGGCAACAAGCGAUUGUUAGAAUUGCCACCUGUGUGUAUUCACGAACAACAGAAAAUUUCGUCAGUGAAAAAUGUAAUUCAAAAUUAUUAAAAUAAAAUAAUAAUUAAAAUAGAAUCAUUCGAAAAACGAGUAUAAGGUAUCAUCUUUCGAAAUGUAUAAAGAAGACAAAAGAUGUCGCAAAGUUUUCCAGCCACUGAAUCGAGCACGCUGCAGAUGAAUGUGUACGUACAAAUCCUGUAAUUCUUGUGUCAUAAAACGAUUUCAACCAAAUUGGGAACAGCAGUCUAAUAAAACCACAAUCAGCUACUAAAGUGGGAAACCGUCUUCUCUCAGAUUGUGUCUGCUGUGGGCGUUUUGUGGAUUACGAUUUCGUUUGAAGCAUUAAGGACCACAAAGGAAGAAAGUUGUUAUUGUCAGUGUCGUAAAAGCAACUGGAAGCAGAAUCAGUGAUAGAUUCAAUUGCAAGAAAAAAAAAAGUACGAAAAGAUAUCUGUGCUUAGUGUUGAGUGGAAAAUUUGAUCAAUUACGGUGUAUCCGUGUAUCCCAUUUUUGCGCCAAACAAGACCAACCGUCGACGGUGAAUACGAUCCGGGGGCUUCCAACACGCCAAAUAGCAAUAUUUGUGGAUAUAUUUUACAUUAGAUGAGAAAUAUACCGAAACACAUCGCAAUGAAGCUAUCCGAGAGUAAAUCCGACACAUCAAUCAUCGCCAACCUGUACAAAUCGAUCAACCACAAUUAUCGAAGACUGUCCAACACAAGCAGCCUUCUGCAUCGGAUUCCGGACAUGGAAAUACCGUCCAUGAACAUUGCCGACGAGUACGACAUCGAGAAGACGAUAGCAGAAGGCUGUUUUGCGAAAAUAUUUCUUGCUCACCACCGACCUACCGGGACCACAGUUGUGCUCAAAGCAAUACACACCGAGCUAACCACGCUGAAGGAAUUCGUUAAGGAGUUCCACUACAACUACCAGCUCAGUCACCAUCCGAACAUCCUCAGCUGCUAUCAGGUUAAAUUUCAAACUAAUGAAUAUUAUGUGUAUGCUCAGGAACAUGCACCGUUCGGUGAUUUGGCGGCAAAUGUGGGUGCCAAUGGGCUUCAGGAGUCGAGUUGCAAGAAAAUAGCCGAGCAGUUGAGUUCGGCUCUAGGAUUCAUGCACUUGAAGGGAUUGGUUCAUAGGGACCUGAAAUUAGAAAACAUUCUAGUAUUUGCGCCUGAUUUCUCGCGAAUAAAGCUGUGUGAUUUUGGAACGACUACACGUGAGGGUAUUCUAGUCAAUAAGAACAAUAAAACGUGGAUAUCAUUCCUACCCCCGGAAGUGUUAGAGGUUGUGAAAAACGAAAGGUUCAUCUGCAAAUCGUCCUCGGAUUCGUGGCAGUUUGGAAUCGUACUGUACGUUUGCUUAAUAGGAUCUACGCCAUGGAAGUCGGCAGAUUGGGUGCGAGAUGGCAAGUAUGCGGCCUUCAUGAAAUACCAGAAACGGGAAACGACCAAAAUUCCGGAAAAUUUUAGACGAUUCACACCACGUCUUCUUCGAGCAUUCCGGCGAAUCUUCGACCACAAUGAAGAAGAUCGAGCAAAGGUCAGCGAUAUCAUGAAAUACAUGAAAAACAAGUGGAUGGACAAUAAGAUAACCACAUCCAAAUCUACUUCCAACAUUGCAAGCAAUACUCAACAACAGGCUUCCUCCGAUCAGGACUCUAUCAAAUACAUCAACCAUAGGGAAAGUCGGAACUCCUUCGAUGGUAGGCUCCGAGCGCGAAGAAUGACAAGUUUUGGAGGUUUAACGCCAGAACCAGCUCCAGUUUCCGGCGUAGAUCAGGACUCUAUCCGAAACAAAGUGUGGGAGUGGCUAGAAUCGAACGAUCUAAACCGCCACGACAGCAUGGACGAUGUGGUGGACUUUUCUUUCUGGAACAAGAGCGAGUCGAAAUCGUACCAGUACUCGAAACGGGAAUCGAUUAUCGGUGCAUGUUCCACGACGACAACCACUGCUAUGACGCUGACAACUACAGCAAGGGACACCAGCAGUGCAAGCAGCGGACAUCGCUAUAAAUAGAUUCGUUGUGUAGGAAGACGUGAAUUCAUGAUCCAGAUAGAUCGAACUAUCCCAGACGAAUGUAGUGAUGAUGAUACAGAGCCCUGGGCAGAACCAACCUUUCCUCAUUAGAUAAAACCGAUCAAAUAUUUACUCCUCCAGUCGUCCGGUAGAAUAUAGGUAGUACAUGUGAUUAUAUUAAUUAUAUGUGUGAUAAAGUGAGAAAACUUGAACAUCAGCAAUGUCAUGCAGAAGAUCGUAGUUGGUACAAUACAGAGAACAUAUAGUUUGUUAGACUUUUAGCAAGGUGAUAGAGUGUGUAGGGCGGUAUAUAUAUAUUUAUGACAAUGAUGUAGAGGUAAAAUGAACAAAACCAAUUGUAAUGCUAGUCAGAACGAAAAGUUCAACAUGUAAUAAUUGUUUCCAUUAAGUGUUAUGUUGGUAUAAAUGUGACAAGCGCAGAAAAAAAAUGGUAUGUGACUUGAAAUGUUAUUCGUAAAUGACUUUAAAUUAUACAGAACGGUAGUAUUUUGAUCGCUAUAGAAUUGUUUAAAAUAAAAUGAACAAUAUUGGAAAUUGAUAAA